UGUUUCUUAGCUGACUGGAUCACUUAAAAUAGAUGGCGAAAGGACGAAAAACCACAGAGAGAUUUAGUGUAAUGAAAUAAAAGCAGUUGGUAAUGUGAAGAAGUUAUUGAACCUAAGAAGAAUAACCGCCACACCUUACAACACAGACGUUGCAGUAACUCGUACUUACCAGUAGGGGCCAGCGUUUCCCGGUUCUUUACCUUCGCUGCCUUCAAACCGGCUUGCCUAAAUUCAGGAGGGAGUUAAAACGGCAUCUCCGGAGCGCACGAGCCACUCGGCGAUGUUAUAUGGGCGCGACCGUUGUCUGAUCAUGGAAUUGGUUUUAGAUAUAUAUGGUAUAUAAAUAAGAAGAAAUUUAAUGCCUUAUAAUGCAGACAGAGGCUGCUGACUUGGCUGAGCUGUUAAGAGGGCUGUGUCGCCCAUCACUGACGGAGCGCUGUUAUCAUCACCUCGUCUGAGAGCCAUUAUUACCAAAAGAAAAAAAAAGAAAAGAAAAAAAUCUCAACGCUUUCAUCUUAUACGACUGAUCCGCGCGUCUGACCCGGGGCUUAUACGCGAUCUCAAUGCGCCGGUGAUUGUGCGGGGACACAGACCGCGUUUAGAUUUACCUCUUUAUUGUCUGAUAGCCCGUGGAGAACGCCGAUAAAAUGAGUGAACAGAGUAUUUGCCAGGCCCGGGCCUCUGUGAUGAUCUACGAUGACACCAGCAAGAAGUGGGUGCCCAUCAAGCCAGGCCAGCAGGGCUUUAGCCGCAUCAACAUCUACCACAACACUGCUAACAACACCUUCCGUGUGGUGGGGGUCAAACUGCAGGACCAGCAGGUUGUGAUAAACUACUCUAUAGUGAAGGGUCUGAAAUAUAACCAGGCCACCCCGACGUUCCACCAGUGGCGUGAUGCCAGACAAGUCUACGGACUCAACUUUGCCAGCAAGGAGGAGGCCACCACUUUUUCCACGGCCAUGCUUUUUGCCCUCAAUGUGCUCAGCUCACAAGAUGCAGCAGGUCCAGCAGGUCCAGCUGGUCAGCGGCAGAACGGACCAUCAACAGAUGACACAGAAGCACAGAGGAGGCAGAUGAUGGAGCAGCAUCAGAUGCAGAUUGAAAGGGAGCGACGGACAUCUGGCUCGGCAGUUUCCACCCUGCAGUUUAAAGUGUCUGCCUCUCAGUCCAACAUCUCCCCACCAGAAUACAGGCAGUUUCGUGCCAACACACUCCCCUCCCACACCCGCCUUGCACCCUCCCCGCCUUCCUCCUCCUGCUCCUCCUCUUCCUCACAGGAGCGAGAGAGCAUCUCUCACAUGAAGGACCCGUCCCAGAAAAAGGCUCAGCAGUUUUCACAGCUCUCCACCUCCUUGGCCUCUGCCUUCUCUCCUGUGCAGCCAGGGGGCACUCUGCCUUCUCGAAACGUGCGUCAGAUCCCUCUCUCCCCCCCUACUAGCCGCCAGUCCAACCCCAAAGACGCCACCUGGACCACUGGUCACAACUAUAGCCCAAAAAGCUCCUCACCCCAGCUGGCCAUACCUCUUAACCAACUUGUUUAUCCUGCUACCUCUACCCAGUUCGAUGCUAACAGCCAGUUAGAGCACUACUACCCUUUCUCCAAGUCUGCCGCUGGACCUCCUCCUCCUCUCCCACAGUACUGUAAUCCUGAGCACUCCUACCCUUCCCACUGCAAGGAGAUUCCCCUUUCAACUCCCAGUGGCCAGCGUAUCCAUGCCCACCAGCCAGAGUUUGCAGCCCCUUUCAGACCUCAGCCCCCCAGUGAAAACACGACUUUCUCUUGUAGCUCUGUGUCACUCAAGACCACACCCCCUGCUGUUUCUCAGGCUGCCACGGCACCCAGCACAGGUCCUCCCAUCCCUCCGGGACAUCCCUCCAUGCUGUCCUCCACUCCCCCCGUGCAACCCCCUGCUCCUGCUCCUAUGGUGGGUCCUCCAGCUCCUCCACCACCUCCUGGACCUCCUCCCCCAGCUGCUGCACCUCCUCCUAAUCCUCCUCCUCUCCCAGCGCCAUCAGGCUUGGCUGCAGCUUUGGCUGGAGCCAAAUUGCGCAAAGUGCAACGACCUGAGGAGGGCUCAGCAGGGCUGGGCAGUGCCAAGAAUGACGCCAGCCGCUCCAGUGGAGGCAGCGGAGGAGGUGGAGAGGGCCUCAUGCAAGAAAUGAAUGCCCUCCUGGCACGAAGGAGGAAAGCUUCUGAAAAACCUGAAGACAGUCAAAAUGAAGAGGCCAACGGCUCCCCAGCCUCACGUGGCUCAGAUGCUGUGAAAAAGCCAUGGGAGCGAGCGAACUCUUCAGACAAAUCCUCUGCUGGAUCGAGGUUGAGAGCUGUCGGCAGCACCGCUGAUGGCGAAUCAGGAGACUUUGACCGAAUGAAACAGGAAAUCUUGGAGGAGGUUGUGCGUGAACUGCAUAAAGUCAAAGAUGAGAUAAUAGACGCCAUUAGAAGAGAACUUACUAGGAUGGGCGCUACAUAGUGUUUAGAAGCAUGAUGAUACCACCAGAAGGCUCUUGAGAAAGUAUGGAAAGGAUCCUUUGGCGAUUUGGAGGGAGGAACGGUCUUGCAACAUAGCUGCAACGGCAUGAAGAAAAGUUGGUGUUGCAGGAAUGUUGCAUCAACAAGGAGCAUUAAAGAAAGGAGCAAGUGAAAAGGAGAAAUGGAACGAGUGAGAGCGAGUGCUUGUGUGCAUGUGCGAGUGGAUGGAUGGAUGGAUGGAUGGAUGGACCUUCACACUGAAUUUUCUAUUUCCUCCUGUAUAAACAUUAAAAGACUAAGCCCACUGUGCAGUUUGCUGCUCCCAGUCGUUCAAGUCUUAAAAGAGAAAUUUGACUAGGUGGACCUUGAUGAAGAUAUUUGUGUUUUAUACUGUUUUAUUGUUCCAUUACUGUUAUUGUAAAAGUAACUUUAUUAUCAGUGGUAUCAGCCAGAGAAAUAGAAACACAAAAUGAAAUGUUCACUUUUUGUGUCAGCGUUUUAUAUUUUACCUUCAUACCUUUGGUUUUCGAUAAGCACAUUCAGCACACUUUUGCGCUGGUCUGUCACCAUCCUGCAUUAGUUUUCACCCCUUUUUCCUGCCGAUACAGAUGUUCACUGGAUUAUUCUUUUUUUUUUUUAGCCUGAAUUCGAACUGGUAGUGUGAAGUUAUUGAUGAUGGUCUUAUGAGAGAUGUAUCUGUAGCUAUAGCCCUGUGAAACGGCGGUUUGUGGACUUUACUCAUUUGGUUUGAACGAGAAUUGGUUCAUAAUAUUGGGUCCUAAAUUAUUAAAAUGAUUAGCCUAGCCUAUCAGGUUAAUCCUCUUAAAAGUUAACAUUAAAAUGACCUUUGAAUAAAACACUGAAUCUAUAA